CUCCCAUUGCGUGUCGUUUGCGUCCUGAAGGCAAAGGGAACUCGCAGCCCUCCAACUUCAGUACGCUGCAACAUUCCCACAGGAACAUCACUAUCCGAGCCAUACUACAUACCCCACCCCGCCUAUUCCAUUCCUGUUCUCUAUCGUAUCGGCGCCCGUCCACGCCCAGCCCUCAAACCCUCACAAACUCACUCCGGUGACAAACAACCCGCAAGAUGACCGAGGAGAAGAUGCAAAAGGACUGCUCCGCGAUCGUAGACGCCCAGCUGCCUGAUAUCGUCGCUACCGCACAGGUGCGAUCCAUCAAUGAGGCGCUCGACAAGCUACUGGCUUUGGAAAAGCAGACGCGUGUGGCCGCGGACCUCGCAUCAAAUACGCGAGUUCUAAUCGCAGCCAUCCAGCUGUGCGUCGAAUCCGGUGACUGGAAACUGCUGAACGAGCAUAUCGUGUUGCUGUCCAAGAAGCAUGGGUUGCUUAAGCAGGCGGUGACGAAGAUGAUCCAAGAAGCGACCACCUAUGUCGACAAAACCCCCGACAUGCCCACGAAGCUGGAAUUGAUCGAGACGCUGCGGACGGUGACCGAGGGCAAGAUCUUUGUGGAAGUGGAGCGUGCGCGCGUGACGAGGACGUUGGCGGAGAUCAAGGAGAAGGAGGGGAAGAUUGUUGAGGCGGCGGAUAUCUUGCAAGAGUUGCAGGUGGAAACCUUUGGCUCAAUGGACAAGCGCGAAAAAACCGACUUCAUCCUCGAACAAAUGCGCCUCGUCCUCGCCAAAAAGGACUACACGCGCAUGCAAAUCAUCUCCCGCAAAAUCUCCCCAAAGUACUUCAAGGAGCCUGAAGUCCAGGACCUCAAACUCCGCUUCUACGACCUAAUGAUCCACCACGCCCUGCACGAAUCCGCCUACCUCGACGCCUGCAAAUACUACCGCCAGAUCUACGACACGCCCUCGAUCCAAUCCGACGACGCCAAAAAGACGGAAACGCUCCGCAACAUCAUCUUCUUUGUCAUACUGGCCCCGUAUGAUAACGAGCAGAGUGAUUUGAUUCAUCGCGUUUAUGAGGAUCCGUGGUUGAGUAAACUGGGGAGUUAUAAGGAACUGACGAAAUGCCUCAUUAUAUCCGAAUUGAUGCGCUGGCCCAAGAUCGAGGAGAUCUACGGCCCCUUGUUCAAAACAGGCUUCGUAUUCGAUCUAAAGACGGAGGAUGGACAGAAGCGGUACAAGGAUCUGCAUAAGCGGGUUAUUGAGCAUAAUAUCCGCGUCGUGGCGAAGUAUUACGACAGGAUAACCGUCAAGCGGCUCACGCAGUUGUUGGAUCUAUCGCCUACCGUAAGUUGCCUUCCAUGCAUGAAUCCCCCCACCUUUCCUUCACGCUCCCCAAAUUCACGCUUCCUUGUUUACGAUGUUCGCUUCGCGAUUGCUCCCUACUUUCCCACACAGGAAUCCGAACAAUUCCUCUCCAACCUCGUCACCAAGAAGACCAUCUGGGCGCGCGUCGACCGGCCGCGCGGGAUCGUCACGUUCAUGAAACGGAAGGAUCCUGCGUCGGUGUUGAAUGAGUGGAGUGGGAGUGUGGCGAGUUUGUUGGAGUUGAUUGUGAAAACGACCCAUCUGAUCACCAAAGAGGAGAUGGUUGCUGGGAGUGGGAUUACGCAGGUCAUUUGAGACCCACCUUGGGUGUGAUGUUUGUUCGACGAGAAGGGGGCCCAGCAGGAAAUAUCGAGUGGGGGGAGAGGGGACGAAUUCGACUUGGGAUUUGAGGAGUGCCGGGGGAAGGGAUCUAAUAGGCUCGACGUAGUUUGGAUACAUCCCUCAACUGCUCACCUGAACACCGAUCGGCGGUCGACUGAAACUCUCUUACGUGCUCCUGU